UCCGUCUGGCAGAGAAACAGUCUUUUCUUUUUCAGAGUAAAAAAAAGCCAAUUCUUCAUAUUCCCAAAAACAUCCGCAAAACAAGGAGAGCAGCACAGCAAAGCGACAACUCCCAACACCAAAUUCAGUUCAUUUUUAUUAUCAAACUCCUUCUUCACACUACUAAAUAUGAAAUCAUCGAGUCCAAUUUCACAAAAAUUUCCUCUUUUUUCUCCUACCCAUCUUCCUUUUCCUCGGAUUUGCCUUCUUUAUAGCUAAAAUUCACAACCCAUCUUUGGAUUCUCAUUUCUUUCUGAGCUUCUGAUUGUGGGGUUUCUUAAAAAUGGCAGCUUUGGAGACGGCCGGAGCUGAUUUGGAAAAAGGGUGGCGGCAGACGGCGGCGGAGAGGGGAAGUGGGGUUGGUGAAGAAGUGAAGGUGAAUAAUUUGGAGAGGGAUUGUAGGAUUUGCCAUUUGGGUUUAGUGAGCAAUAGCAAUGAGUUUGGAGUUGGAAUCGAAUUGGGUUGUUGUUGUAAGAAUGAUUUGAGUACUGCCCACAAGCAUUGUGCUGAGGCUUGGUUCAAAAUCAGAGGAAACAAGACAUGUGAGAUAUGUCAUUCUAUUGUAAGAAAUGUGAUGGUAGUACGUGAACCCGAACAAACAGAGCAACUCCAUGAGUCGAACAAUGGGACGGUAUCGACAGCCACAGUUGCAGCAUCGGUGGCUGCCACUCCCAGUGGUGGCCGGAGCUUUUGGCAUGUUCAUCGAGUCCUUAAUUUUCUUCUUGCUUGUAUGGUAUUUGCUUUUGUCAUAUCUUGGCUCUUCCAUUUCAAUGUGCCAUCAUAAAAUUGAGUGGAAGAUUUCAAGAAGAAAUAUGUUCAGAGUUGCCAGAAAUUUGAUGAUGGAUGGGAUGGGAUGGGUUAAAUUGCUUAAAUAGUCUACAUUUUUUUGGGAGGAAAAAAUAAACGUCAAAUCUCAAAUGAGAGAGUGCAUGUCAAUUAUUUAAA